CUAGAUAUAAACACUUAAUCUCAGCUGCAGAAUAUGGCAUCCAAUGGAGUUGAACUUGAGAUCACUGAGCUCACAUUAGGGCUUCCGGGAAGUGGCGGCCAUCAUACCCCGAGUCCAAAAAAUGAGAAAAAAAGGGUUUUCUCGGAGAGUAGCACCAACGAUGAUGACCGACGAUUCCCAAAGAGGAACCAAGUUGUGGGGUGGCCGCCAGUUUGCUCUCACCGAAGAAGGAGUAGCGGUAGUGGUAAUGAUAAAGAUCUAUAUGAAACGAAAACUUCGAAGAUGUACGUGAAAAUAAGUAUGGAUGGUGCUCCUUAUCUUAGAAAAGUUGAUCUUGGAAGCUAUAAAGAAUAUUCAGAUCUUGUAGUGGCGAUGGAGAAUCUAUUCGGUUCUGCAAUUGGAUGUUCUGACUUUGUCUUGAUCUAUGAAGAUCGGGAUGGUGAUUGGAUGCUCGUGGGCGAUGUCCCAUGGAAGAUGUUCGUUGAAUCAUGCAAGAGAUUGAGAAUAAUGAAGAGAUCUGAAGCUAAAGGAUUUGAGAUUCAUGUCCCAACUGAAACAUUAAGUAGUAGUUCUUCAAAAGAACUAUAAACACUUUCUUUUUUGCUUUUUUGAAAAUGUAUACACAUAUAAUAUAUAUAUACAUGGAUCAUACCCUAACUUGAAAAGGAAAAUGUGUUAAUGUGUGUUCUUGUCUAAUUUGACAAUUAAUUCACUAAUAUUAA